UCCAGCAAGCUAUUAAAUAUUUUAGGAAAAAACCUCAAAACAGAGACAUAUAAAACUGCAAUGAGUUGUUGUCCCAACCAGGAAAUCUGCUGUGGAUGCAGCACUUCCCCCCAACCCGUGGCCGUAUUCAGAAAAUUGCAACAACCCCUCGUUUAUGAUGCAUUGGGUCCGUAUCCGGACGAAGCACUCAUGUCGGCGCUUGAUCGCAUUCUCUACUAUGCAGGUGCCACUAAAAUCCUGCGUAUGCUCGAUCUGGCCAAGCUGGCUCCUUCGAAUGAAACGGGAAAUUGUAGUUCGGUCACAUCGGUGGGCUGUCCUCCACCGGCCUGUUCUGCGCAGGCGACCAGCAGCUGUUCGGUUUGCAGUCUCUUUUGCGCCAAGGAUAAGUCUUCUGGCUGCACGCCCAAGUCCAAGCCAAAAUGUGCCGUGCCCUGCGUCUCACGGGGCUGUGGUUCCUCCACGCUGAGCGUCUGUAAUACAAAGCCGCCUUGCCUGAAGCCAUCGGUUACGAAGUGCUCGCCACCUCCUCGUCAGCGUACGCCGCGCGUGGACUUUGCAAAUCCAGUGGAUAUGUGUCCUAAGACCAAACGGUCCGAUGGUGGCGGACCUUCGUUCACGGACCGCAUGAAGCGUUCGCUCUCCAUGUGCUCGAUGGCUGUUCGCCGGCUGAAGAGCAAAGUGACUUCCCGUUGCGAGCCAAGAGCCGACGGACAGCGCUGGCUGUGGACGCGCAUGGUGUGCCAGGACAAUGGCUGCAAGGUGUACGAGGUGUACAAGGACUCGGACUCAUCGAAGGCACCUUGCGAAAAGGAGGGAAGUCCGGUUAUCAUCUUCCUGGUCAUGCCCAACGGUUACAUCAUGCCCUUUGAAUCUCUGUCGCACUGCUAGGGAGGAAGCAGUUUUGUUUUGUUUUUAUGUUUUUAAUGUUGGAAAGACAGCAGCUCAACGAAAUUCUCUGUAUUUAUAGUAUACAAGUAUAGGACGGGUGCAUUAAUUAAUAUAUGUGAUUCAUUUGAUUUGCUGACUGCCAAGUGCCAAUUCAAGUAUUAAUGUCAAAAUCAUAUUUAGAAUAUAUCUCAACAAACGUUAUGUAGUUCCAGUUUUAA